AUGCGUUUCCAAGGCGACAGAUGCCGCCUGAUCGUCCAGAUGGAAGAACGUCGCGUUCCUCUCCGUCUGCCGUUAAAAAAGCUUGACGACGAUCUCGUUUCCGCCACAUCAAAAGAUUUCACACCCGACGAGGCAUCCAAAGUGACGGAAUCUCGUCAGAGCCGAGUCGUCAUGGGGACCAACACCACCGAGCCGACCGCCGCCCUCAACGGGACCGCCCCGCUCGGCGACGCGGGCCCGGCGCUGGCCGCGACGCCCAGGGCGGGCCGCGUGCCCCGCGGCGGCGAGGAGGAGGAGCUCGGCAGCGGCGUCUUCGGCGACGUCCGGGCGGGCGGCGCUCCUCCGCCGUCUAAGAUCAUCCCCGAUUCCGCCGAGGCGGAGCUGCUGUUGCCCGGCGGCCGCCUGUCGGAGGAGGAGCCGGCGCCCCGGAGCGACCCGCCGUGGAUUCGCGCCGAAGAGGCGGGCGUGUUGGACCUGGACCGGCCGGCCACGGCGGCCCCGCCGGCCGCCACCGACGUCCUCCGCGUGGACUUUUUCGACCCCGCCUCCCGCGGACGGAAACUGGACUUGGCGCCGCCUCCCACCUCUUCGCUGGCCCACGAGCUCCAGGGCGGCGACCCGACGUCCUGGGCCAUGCCGGACAGCUACGACUACCUGACCCCGUACGAGGACGGCGUCUCGCCCACCGCCGACGAGUACUCCGACGCCACCUCCGACGACGGGCGCGCCCCGGCUCGCCCCGUCUCGUCCCCGCCCGACAAGCCCCGGCGGGCCCCGGCGGACGGCUCUGACGGAAAGGGCGGCUGUCGCCCGGGUUACCGGAUGGUCAACGCCACUUGUCGCUCCCCUUGCGACUUUGACCCCAACUUCUGCUACAACGGAGGGCAGUGUUACCUGCUGGAGGACGCCGGAACUUUCUGCAGGUGCAACGUUCAGGACUACAUCUGGCACAAGGGCGCCCGCUGCGAGGCGGUGGUGACGGAGUUCCAGGUCAUGUGUCUGGCGGUAGGCGCGUCGGCCGUGGUGCUCCUGCUGCUCUUCAUGAUGGUGGUGUGCUUCGCCAAGAAGCUCCACGUCCUCAAGACCGAGAACAAGAAGCUGCGCAGACGCAGUAAGUACCGGCCCACAUCGGAGGCUCACAAUGAUAAUUUCUCGCUGUCCACCAUCGCUGAGGGCUCCCACCCAAACGUAAGGAAACUGUGCGACACCCCUCCUAACGCCCCCCAUGCCCGUGCAUUGGCUUACUAUGAUAACAUUAUCUGUCAGGAUGAUCCCAAUUCCCAGAACAAGCUGGAGGAGGCGGUGAAGGCCCCGCCCAAGGAAGACGACGCCCUCAACAUCCACAACGCGCUGACGCCCAAACACGACAACCACAAGCUGCUGGGCGACGACGACUCAGAGGUCAACUCCCUGCAGAACAACAUGAUGUGA